AAAACCCUUUAGUGAGUCAGAGGUCUCUGGUCUAUUGAUGGGAAUCAGUGUCUUCAGGCCUGUGUCCCAAAUGACACCAUGUCCCCUAGAUACAGGAGUGCACUACUUUGGACCAGCACUCAUUGUCAUUUGGGAAACGCCCCCUGGUGGAAUACGUUGUUACCUCAUCUGCGUCACUCCUCCCCUCUGUGUGUGUCGUUCUCACUCUCUGUCCUACCUGGUUCACUUUCUCACUGUCUGUCUGGAGUAGCAGCUCUGAUCUUUAGCUCCACACAGUCGUCUCCUCCAGGACUCCAGGCCACAGGACCUCGUCUCCUCCAGGACUCCAGGCCACAGGACCUCGUCUCCUCCAGGACUCCAGGCCACAGGACCUCGUCUCCUCCAGGACUCCAGGCCACAGGACCUCGUCUCCUCCAGGACCCCAAAAAGGCCACAGGACCUCGUCUCCUCCAGGACUCCAGGCCACAGGACCUCGUCUCCUCCAGGACCCCAAAAAGUAUGGAGAAGAGCCAGUAUGGACCACCGCAGGACGUGUUGGCUCCCCCCUAUCCCGGCUUCCCAGCGGGCAACCAGGGAAGUGGGGGGGGAACAGCCUACCCCCCCCAGCCUGGCUUCCAGGGAGGUCCCCAACCCAGCAUGUACCCACCACCUCCCCAACCCAGCAUGUACCCAACACCUCUCCAAUACGGCACGGACAUGGCACAACCUACAAAUGCCCCCGGCAUAACCCAGGUGGUGGUGAUACAGCAGCCGCUGCUAAGAGACGUACCCGGCCAGAUGACGUGUCCCUACUGUCAGGUCCUGGUUCUGACAGAGGCCACACACACCCCUGGACUGGCCGCCUGGCUCGUCUUUGGAGUCCUCUGCUGCUUCAUGUGCUGGCCAUGCUCUUGGAUUCCAUUCUGUGUUGACUCCUGUAAGGACGUAGAACACCGCUGCCCCAACUGCAGGAGAGUGAUCUACAUCCACAAACGCGAAUAGACCAAGAUGAGACGCAUGCCACGAAGUGAUCCACAUGUGACUAGACCAAGAUGAGAAACCUGCCACAAACGGAUCCACAACUAGCCCUGGCCCACAGACACUGCUGCCACAAAGCGAUCUAUACUUUUAUGAAUCCAUUCCAAUACACCACUAGUCUACACCACUAUACAACUAGUCUACAACUCUACACCACUAUACAACUAGUCUACACCACUAGUCUACACCACUAGUAGGUCAAGAACGCUUUUAGUACCGGAGUAAUGGUGACUCAUAUUUCCAACCUUAACACACACGCUUGUGAACAAUAGUCUGCCUGUGGCUGAGAUGACUACUGGAGGACCAGCGUAACAUUGACUAGUGUCAGUGUGUAACAAGCUAAGGCCACUUCUAGCAGACUUUUUACACUGAUUGUAAUGUAUGUAUUCUUUCAUUCUGUGAAUCUUCAUGUUAGACGGAAAGUAGGAUUCUAUUUGCAUUGAUUGGUUGUUGGGUUUUUUAAAGGGACAGUUCACAGUUGAAACAAUAAAAAAGCUGAACCCUG